UUUUUAAUUCUUUUUGGAUGAGAAUAUUUUGGCUGAGGUGGAUAGUCUCAAAAGCCUUGAAUUUAGUCCCUUUUAUAUAGUAGGAUUGAAGAUUUGGCUCUUUUACAAAAUGCUGACAUGUUAGCCUAACAUUGGUCAACGCAACCUACUAACAAAGGUCAUAAGAUAACAACGUUCUGUCCAAUAACCUACUUACAUCAAAAUUAAUAUUUAUAGAAAAAUAUUUGCUAAUAAAGCGCGAAGGAUUUAAUGCAAGGGUCAACUAUGUAUCUUGUGUGUUUUCUCUAGAGCCACAACUCGUUGACUCCUUCAGAUCCUCCAACAAGUUAGUGGUUAGUGUGUCAUUAUCUUCAACGAUGAUCCUCUCCAACAUGUACUCCUCAACCUAUAGCAGUCUUUGUGACUUCCUGAAACUUCUCUUCUCCUGUUCCUUUUUUCAAGGAUCAUCAAUGGCUUUCACCGAUGAGAAAGAUGGGUCCAAAGGCUUUGUGAAGAGAGUGGCUUCAUCUUUCUCCAUGAGUAAGAAGAAAAAGAAUGCAACAAGUACAGGAGGAGGAAACAAUGAACCCAAGUUGCUUCCAAGGUCGAAAUCAACAGGUUCUACUAACUAUGAAUCCAUGAAGUUAACUUCAGCAAAGAAGAUUCAAGAUGCUACAAUCAAAACAAGGACCAAACCAUCAUCACCAAGACGGGAAAAGAUUGAUGAUCGUGGUGGUGGUAGGACUAACAAGAGCUUUGGCAAAUGGAGAAGCUUUGAUGAUAGUGAUUCUAUAUGGCUGUCUUCAGAUUGUGCAUCUCCUACUUCUCUUCUUGAGGAGCGGAGGCUAUCCGUUGCGUUUCGUUUCUCGGUUGAUGAUAGUGUAGUCUCUUGGUUAUCAAACCUUGCAAAUUCUCUGAAUCAUCAAGAUGCAGCUUCGGUUAAAGUCCGUUGUAGCAUCCCAAGGAGCAGCAAGGAGAGUGCAGACAAGAAAGUCAGCUUCUCACAACUUGAAUCAGAGAAGCCUUCUUCGCCUCAUGAGAGAAUAAGUGCAGAGGUGUUGGAAUCUAAGAGCGUUACUAAAGUUGAUGAGCCGCUUUUCUGGCCGUAUGAGCAGAGAUUUGACUGGACACCAGAGGAUAUCUUGAAGCAUUUCUCAAUGUCGCCUCGGAGAAAGAAGCUACUGAACGCCAAAAUGUCUUCAGGUAACUCCUCCCCAAGAUCCAUGAGAGCACAACUUCUCCAGGCAAGAAAAGUAGAUCUCAAAGACGGGUGUAAGAAAAAGCUCGUGUUCAAUGGUCCUGUAACAAACACAUCCAAGAAGAUUCCAGAGCUUAAAAGAACAAUCAGCAACAAGAAAAAUGAGAGCAGCAACAAGAACGAGCCCAUCAGGAACUGCGUGAAGAGGAACAAGAGUUUGCCAUCAAGGUUGAGAAAAUCAAGCAAACCAUCAUGUUCAAAGGUUGUACCUAUAGAAGCUGCUGAAGAAGUGAUUAUUGCGGAAGAGCGAGCCAAAGCUGAAAUAACAACUAGAAAGCUGAUUAACCGCAGAAGCAAGACAAUGUUGGAAGAUGAUUUUGCAUUUUUGAAUGAUUUCUCAAUUGAAAAAGCGGUGGGGCUUGGCGAGUUUAAGGGUAGAGAGGGUAUAGAUUCAGAGUUUAACUCUGACACUUUCUUGUUUGAUGAUUCUCUCUGAAACUAAGAGAGAAUAUAUUUUGGUCCUGAUUAUAUCAUUGGCUCUUUAAGAUCAAAUUCUCAUGGAGUAUAAAACAACCAUCGAGUGUGAUAAGUCU